AUGGGAGACAAGAAAAACAAAAAGUCGACAGCUAAUAUAUUGCAAGAGAGUAGACAUGUGCUAUAUGGAGAUGAAGUCGAAGUGGCUACAGUCCUAGAAAAUGUUUUAACACUGUUAAAUAGAAUGGACACUAGGCUUGUAUCAAUUGAGAAAAAUACGAGUAAAAAUACAAGUACACUGACUCAAAUGAACGAUAAGUUAAACUCGUUGACAGCGAGAGUUAUUACUGUCGAAACCGACAUAGUAAAUGUGAAAAGUAGGGUUUCAGAUUUGGAGGCAAGAUCAGAGGGAACUGGUAAUCUUUUUGAUGAAGUGAAGAGUAAAAUUUGCUCUUUAGAAAAAGAUAUCGAACAACUUAAGAGAAAUAACGGAGAUGGUAAUGAUUCUCAGAGUAUUAAAGACGAACUUAGAAAAUUAGAAAGUUAUAAUGAGAAGCUAAAAGGAAAACUACUGGACAUGCAAUGUAGGUCUAUGAAAUAUAAUCUCAUUUUCACGGGACUUCAAGAGCAAAGGGAUGAAAACUGUGAAAUGAAGAUUAGACAGUUUAUUCACAAUGAAAUGAAGAUCCAAAAACCGUUAGAAUUUGGAAACAUUCACAGAUUUGGUAAAAGUGAGCCAGGGAAACCGAGACCAAUUAUUGCAAGAUUCCUGUAUUAUUCUGACCUUGAUAUGGUGAAAAAAGCAGGACGAAAUCUAAGAGAAACAAAAACUGAUGAUUUAGACGUUAUAGAUUUGCCAGGUUAUAAAUUUAUUACUUGUUAUGAAAAACAAAAAGACGUCAGUCAUGAUGAUGAAAUGCCUGAGGAGAAGAUUAAGAGAUGGGAAAAUGAGCAAUUAGACACCUUUAUUAGUAACAUUGAUAGACUUAAAGUAAAUGAAAUACUAGCUCAAUUAACGGAAAUGGUUGAAAAUACAAGUGAAAACACAAUUAUUAAUAAAGUUGUUGAAGAUAACUUAAAUUUAGGAAAUUCUGAAGAUGAAGAGAUUGUUUUAGAAAAUCAGAACAAUGUAAAAGAUUUAAAUGUUAUAUUAAAUUCACCUAUUACAGAAGAGAAAAUUGAAAAAUCUUUGAGAAAGUUAAAUAAUAAUAAAUCCUCUGGUGAUGAUAUGAUUAAUAAAGCUGGUUUCAGAGAAGGUUAUUCUACUACAGAUAAUUUAUUUGUUAUCUACAUGCUUAUUAGUAUCAUGAAAAAUAAGAAAAAGAAACUAUUCUGUGCAUUCGUAGAUUUUGCUAAAGCCUUUGAUACUGUUUGGAGAAAGGGUCUUUGGCAUAAAUUACUUGUAAAUGAUAUUAACGUACCUGGAAAUUGA